CGGCUGCGCGGAGCGGCCGGGAAGCGGCGGCGGCGGCGCUUUCCCCCCUGGUAGCUGCAGCGGGGUCCUUGUGUGCGCGCGGCGGGUCCGCUCGAGCCGGGGCGCCGGGGGCUGAGGCGGGGAGAGAGGGAAUCCCGGGCUGCUCCCGGCCCCUCGGCGCCGGCGCACCGCGCGGGGCGCGCCCCCCAAAGGCAGCCCCGGGCCCGCAGCGCCGACUCGGCCCGCGCGGCGGGCGCGGGGCAGCUCAGAGGGAGGAAGCAGGAGGGGCCGCCCUCUCGUCGGAGUUGGAAGCGCCUUCCCCGGGUCCAAAAUGCCUAAGAAGAAGCCGACGCCCAUCCAGCUGAACCCGGCCCCCGACGGCUCGGCGGUUAACGGGACCAGCUCGGCCGAGACCAACCUGGAGGCCUUGCAGAAGAAGCUGGAGGAGCUGGAGCUCGAUGAACAGCAGCGAAAGCGCCUUGAGGCCUUUCUUACUCAGAAGCAGAAGGUUGGGGAACUGAAGGAUGAUGACUUUGAGAAGAUCAGUGAGCUGGGUGCUGGCAAUGGUGGUGUGGUAUUCAAGGUUGCCCACAAACCGUCUGGUUUGGUCAUGGCCAGAAAGCUAAUUCACCUGGAGAUCAAGCCUGCGAUCCGGAACCAGAUCAUAAGGGAGCUGCAGGUUCUACAUGAGUGCAACUCCCCAUAUAUUGUGGGCUUCUAUGGCGCAUUCUACAGCGAUGGUGAGAUCAGCAUCUGCAUGGAGCACAUGGAUGGGGGUUCCUUGGAUCAAGUCCUAAAGAAAGCUGGAAGAAUUCCUGAGCAAAUUUUAGGAAAAGUUAGCAUUGCUGUAAUAAAAGGCCUGACGUAUCUGAGGGAGAAGCACAAGAUUAUGCACAGAGAUGUCAAGCCCUCCAACAUCCUAGUGAACUCCCGUGGGGAGAUCAAGCUGUGUGAUUUUGGGGUCAGCGGGCAGCUCAUCGACUCCAUGGCCAACUCCUUCGUGGGCACAAGGUCCUACAUGUCGCCGGAAAGACUCCAGGGGACUCAUUAUUCAGUGCAGUCGGACAUCUGGAGCAUGGGGCUCUCUCUGGUUGAGAUGGCGGUCGGGAGGUAUCCCAUCCCUCCUCCAGAUGCCAAGGAGCUGGAGCUGAUGUUUGGGUGCCAAGUGGAGGGAGAUGCGGCUGAGACUCCGCCUAGGCCAAGGACCCCUGGAAGACCCCUCAGCUCUUAUGGAAUGGACAGCCGACCUCCUAUGGCAAUUUUUGAGUUACUGGAUUACAUAGUCAACGAGCCUCCUCCCAAGCUGCCCAGUGGAGUAUUCAGUCUGGAAUUUCAGGAUUUUGUGAAUAAAUGCUUAAUCAAAAACCCUGCAGAGAGAGCAGAUUUGAAGCAACUCAUGGUUCACGCUUUUAUCAAGAGAUCUGAUGCCGAGGAAGUGGAUUUUGCAGGUUGGCUCUGCUCCACCAUUGGCCUUAACCAGCCCAGCACACCAACCCACGCGGCUGGCGUCUAAGCGUUUGGGAAGCAGCAAAAAGCG